AUGCUGAGGCAAACUCUGGCCCGCUCUGCUCUGCGGACAGGCAGGCAGAGCUACAAUGCCUCGAGAACCUUUGCAACAUCGGGCAGAAAACAUGCGGAGGUCCAGCUUACCAUCGAUGGCAAGCAAGUUUCAAUUGAAGCUGGCUCUGCUUUGAUUCAAGCGUGCGAGAAGGCUGGAGUGACGAUACCCAGAUACUGCUACCAUGAGAAACUUAUGAUUGCGGGAAAUUGCCGAAUGUGUUUAGUGGAGGUCGAGAGAGCACCAAAGCCUGUGGCAUCAUGUGCAUGGCCAGUACAACCCGGAAUGGUCGUCAAGACCAACUCGCCACUUACACACAAGGCUCGUGAAGGGGUUAUGGAAUUCCUCCUCUCUAACCAUCCCCUCGAUUGCCCUAUCUGCGACCAAGCAGGAGAGUGCGAUUUACAAGAUCAGUCAAUGAGAUAUGGAGCUGAUAGAGGUCGAUUCCACGAAGUUAGCGGCAAGAGAGCUGUCGAAGACAAGAACAUUGGACCUCUCAUCAAGACGUCGAUGAACCGAUGUAUUCACUGCACGCGAUGCAUUCGUUUUGCCAACGAUAUUGCCGGAGCUCCGGAGUUGGGGUCAACAGGACGAGGGAAUGACAUGCAAAUUGGCACGUAUCUUGAGAAGAACCUUGACUCGGAGAUGUCUGCCAACGUCAUCGACUUAUGCCCGGUCGGAGCACUUACAUCAAAACCAUACGCAUUCAAGGCACGGCCGUGGGAGCUGAAACAUACUGAGUCUAUUGAUGUUCUCGACGGGCUGGGAUCGAAUAUUCGAGUUGAUUCCAGAGGGUUGGAAGUUAUGCGGGUCCUUCCCAGACUCAAUGACGAUGUCAAUGAGGAAUGGAUCAAUGACAAAUCCCGCUUCGCAAUCGACGGCUUGAAAACGCAACGACUUACCAUCCCACUUAUCCGAAACAAAGACAAAUUCCUGCCGGCCACAUGGGAGCAGGCCCUAACUGAGAUUGCUGUUGCCUACAAAGAUUUCGCUCCAAAGGGAAAUGAGUUUAAGGCUAUUGCUGGACAGCUCACCGAAGUAGAAUCCCUGGUUGCCAUGAAGGAUCUUGCUAAUAAACUUGGUUCGGACAACUUGGCCCUUGAUCAACCUGGAGGCAGUGAGCCGGUUGCCCACGGAGUUGAUGUUCGCUCUAAUUACCUCUUCAACUCGAGGAUUUGGGGCAUAGAGGAGGCUGAUGCUAUUCUCAUCGUGGGAAGCAAUACUCGUUGGGAAGCUGCUGGUCUAAACGCCCGUAUUCGCAAGCAAUGGCUUCGAUCAGACCUUGAGAUUGGUGUUGUGGGCGAGACUUGGAAAUCUAUCUUCGAGUUCGAGCACCUUGGUACCGAUGCUGCUGCUCUGAAGAAAGCGCUUGCUGGUCCGUUCGGCAAGAAGCUACAAGCUGCAAAACGACCAAUGAUCAUCGUUGGGUCCGGUGUUACAGAACAUCCAGACGCAAAGGCCAUGUAUGAAAUGGUUGGUGCAUUUGUUGAGAAGAAUGCUGCCAAUUUCAUGACGGAGGAAUGGAACGGUUAUAACGUCCUUCAACGUUCUGCGUCAAGAGCAGGUGCUUACGAAGUUGGCUUCACACCUCCAUCCACUACCGUUGGCCAGACGAAGCCCAAAUUCAUCUGGCUCCUAGGUGCUGAUGAGUUUGAUGCCGCAGAAAUUCCUAAAGACGCGUUUGUAGUCUACCAGGGACACCAUGGUGACCGUGGUGCUCAAAUAGCCGAUGUCGUUCUUCCUGGUGCAGCUUAUACCGAGAAGUCAGGAACUUAUGUCAACACCGAAGGCAGGGUUCAGAUGACCCGCGCUGCCGUAAACCUGCCUGGCGCCUCAAGAACAGAUUGGAAGAUUAUCCGAGCGAUCAGCGAAUUUCUCGGUGCACCACUACCGUAUGAUGACGUUGCAGCUCUCCGGGAUCGAAUGGUCGAGAUUAGUCCGGCUUUGGCAAGCUACGACGUCGUGGAACCAGUCACACUUGAGAGGUUGAGCAAGGUACAGUUAGUAGACCAAAACAAGGGAAGCAAAGUGAGCGGCGAGCCGCUGAAGAAGGUUAUCGAGAAUUUCUAUUUCACAGAUGUGAUUUCGAGAAGCUCGGUAACAAUGGCUAGAUGUUCGGCGGCAAAGGAGACGGGUAACCCAGACAUCAACUUUAUGGAUCCAGCCAUAGCUCCUGCCUAUACAAACGAUUCCCCAUACGGCCAGGCGGCUUUAGGCGGGUCGUGA